AUGUUUGCAGACCUUAUUCAGCAUAUUAAAAAUACAAGUCCAUAAUUUGUAAUAGGACAAUAUGCAGAUGCUUAUGAUAAUUAUAGUAGUUGGCGUAUGUGUAAAGUAAUCAAUCUCACAUCUGAUACUAUCACUGUUCAAUAUGAUGGAUGGAGCUAAAAAUAUGAUGAGACUCAUAAACUUAAAAUUGGAAGAGUAGUCUAUUUUAGAUCACAUACUGAAUUAUAUACAGGUGCUUAAAAACUUGCUGUUAGAGAAUACAAUAUUAAUAAAGAAAUUGAUCAUAUUCAAUAAGUCAUUGAAAAAAUGCAGAAGUUAAUUGUUAAUGAAUUUGCUAAUGUUGAACCACAUGAUGUCUGUCAAUUUAUUAGAGGCGAACUCUAUCUACUUAUUGAUAGUGUCAUGCAAGAAUAACAAUAAUAUACUCAAGGUGAAUUUAAAAUGACUACAGAUCUAAUAGAAGCAUUUAUACGAUUCUUCAUCUCAUGGGCUAAUAAGAUUUAAGAAAAAAUUAACAUCUUUAUUCAAGGCAUUUAAGCACAUCCUCUCAUUUAUUAUUUUCAUUUAGACACAUGUUUAGUCUCAUGUCAUCCUGAAAUGUUUGAUACGUUAACCAAGAUAUUCAAUGGAGGAGGACCUAGAUGUAAAAGAUACUUUUAAUAUAAUGAAACUUAACUUUUAAAGAUGUAUAACAUAACUGAUCGAUCUUUAUCUAAUGCCCAAUAAGGUUUCUUUAAAUAUUUUUAGGAUAGUAAUGGUUUAUAAGUUAUUGAAAAUUUGAUUUCUUGGUAAAAUGGUGAAGGAGAGAAUAAACAAAAAGUUCCUUUUGGAAUAAUAAAGAAUAUAUUGCCUUUAGUUGAAAGUAUCUAUCGAAGUUUUAAUGUAAAUUAAAAUCAAUAAGAAUGGUUAUAAAAAAUAAAAGAUAUGAUAAUCAAUCGUUUACAUCAAUUAACUACUAAUGAUCUUAAGGAAUCUAAUCUAAAUCCAGUCUUUUAGAUUUUUAAGUUGAUUCCAUAAAGUUUCUCUAGUAUAACUAACAUAUCUUAAGAAUGCGAAUGCACCGAAAUAAAAUUGGCUAUAACAUUAAUAAAAUCAUCAAUUCUAGAGAAGAAAAUAAAAGGUGUAAAAGAACUAACAGAAAUAAUUAGCAAAAUAACAUCUUUCAAAUCUUCAUAGACGUAUAUGAAUACAACAAUUAAUUAUUUCAAUUCAGAAAGAUUAGGGAAAUUUCUUUAAUAUGAGAAAGUGUUUGAUAUUCUUCUUUAAGAAGCUGGACACGCAGAAGUAUUCAAAAGAGCAGCACCAAUUUUAAGAUUUAUGGUCGAUCAAGUAUAUUCAAGUACUAAAGAUAUUGAAUAACUAUGGGAAGCUAGUUAAAAGGGACAUGAAACAGAAGCUUAGAGUGUUUAUGAAGUCAUAAGUGAUAUAGCUAGAGUAAUGACCAAUGAAUAGAUGGAAGUCAUUUUCUAGAAACUCUAUAACAUGUCUUAAAAAGACAUUGAUUUGAAUUUGAUUAAUUUCAUAAAAGAUUUCACUUUGAGUGCACAAAGAAAUACAAUUAGAAAAAAUAAACCUAUUUAGACACUUGCUUUGAUGUGGGAGUUAUUAUAAGAUAAAAGUGAUUUGAAUCCUAAUUUGCUUGAAUCUCUAAUGAGUGGAUUUAUUUAAUGUCUGAGAAAUGAUCGAGAAUAGUUUCAAUAACUUUGUUUGGACAACUUAAAAAAAUCUAUUUCAUUCCCAUAAUGUUUACAUAUACUUCAAAAAAUUAUUGAAAGCUAUGGAAUAGGACAAGUCUAUUUUGGUUCUUCAUCUGAAGAUAAUCUUAAUAAAAUUAUGAAGGAAAAUCAAAUGAUUGAUCUCAUUGUUAGAAAUCUUGAAACAUAUAGAGCAUCUGUAACCAAUUGCUAAGAUUGCUUUGCUAUUCUCACUGGCAAAGUUGCACAUGCACAGCGGAUUUAAUAUAAAAUGGAUUUCCUUGAAUACAUAGCUGCAAGUCCAAAAAAAUAUGAGUUUUCUCUUGAAAAUUUCAAGAAAUUAUGGCAUAUACUCAUAAUUAAUCCUAUUCACGAAACAGAUCGUAAUCCUAUGUUAGAUUUCUUAGUAAAAGGAGGAUUCAGAGUAAAGGAUGAUUUGUUCAAGCAUGUAUUCUGCAAUAUUAACUAUCCAAUCAAAUUAUGCUAUAGAAGUAUAGAAAAAUACUUUAUGCAACUAAAUCAAAAAAAUGGAACAAUUAAUUGUUAAAAAUCUUAUAUAAGAAUUUUAAAGUAUGAUUAGAUAAUAGGAUUAAAUUUUUUUUUUGAUGUGGCUUUUAAUUAUCCAGAUGCAGAUUAAGCAAUAUAAACUUUAUUACAAUUACAUAUGAGAACAGAGAAAGCAAAUUAAGUAGAAUAAAAAUUGUAAAUGUGGAAUUCAUUACUUAUGAAAUGCAAAGAAGCUUUGAAAUAACAAAAUAGUUAAAUAUAGAAUGUAAUAAAAUGUCUAAAAGAUCUUGUAACUGGAAUUGAAGGGAAAUAGUAUUUGAAUACAAGUAGUCUUGAAAAUACUUUUACCAAAUUUUAAGUUCAAUUAGGUAAGGAUGAAAAAACAUUAAAAGAAGUUUCAUUACCAUCAAAUUGUACUCUAUUAGCAGUAAGAAACCAUUUGAGUUCAUUAUAUAAUCUUAAUCAAUAAGAUUAUGAUAUGUUUUUGGCAAAUCAUGAUAUGAGAAUAAAUUAAGAUAAUGAAGAAGAUUUGACAAUCAGUUUGUUUGAAGAAUCUAAAUCAAGAGAUAAACCAGAUAUAAUUCUUUAGAAUAUAAGUUAGAAUACAAAUUCUUUAUUUUUAAGCAUUCGAAAAUUCAAGACAAAUUUAAGUAGUAAUACUGAAUUAUCAGAAAUAUUAUUUGAAUUAUUAUAAUCAGAAAAUUAUGAAGAUAUAUGGGAAGUGUUAACAUUAAUGCCUUAAAAUAAACAAAUAAAGGAAAGAUUAGAUAAAGGAGGAUCAGAUGAAGAUUAAUGGAGCAAAAUAUUAUAUUUUAAUUGUAAUAAGAAAUUAUUGUAUUGUUUAUAAAUUUAUGAAACAAUGAUUCAAUAAGAUAAGAGUCUAUUACAAUAGUUUUUGAAAACAAAAGGAUGUUAAAGUAUAAUCAGUUAUUAUCUAAAAAGACAAGAGAAUGAAUUCGCUAAUCUGUUCAAUCUAAAAUGUUAUGCUUAAAUAGCUAAAAUUAUUGGGAUGUGUAAUGUUAGAGAUUAAGAAAUAAAUAAGAAAUGUGUAAAAUAUAUUAUUUAUGCUUUAACAAAAAUUGAAAAUAAAGUAUAUCAAGAUCCAUCAGCAAUUUAGAGUUUUCUUUAAAAUAACUUUAAAAUAACUUCUACUGAAAAUGUAGGUGAUAUUGAAUAAUUAAUAAAGAGUUUAACAGAAUUGGUAGAUCCUUAGAUUAGAAAGACUCUGUGUUAAUAACUUAUAGAAUUAAAACCUUUACAUAAACAUUUUAAAAAUUUGGGUGACAAUUUAUAGGAUGUUAUGAAACUAAAAAAUUAAGCAGAACAAUAUUUAGAAUUGUAUGCUGGUGUUUUAUAACAAACUAAUGGUAACGAUUUAACAAAAAUUACCUAAAGAUUGCCAUAAAUUAUAAUUGGUUUUUUAUAAGAGGACGAAACAGAAAAGAUAUUACUAUAAGCUUUUAAGUUGAUUUGUAUUCUAGUAACAAAAUGUGAAGAAUCAAUGAUGAUGAUCAUAACAAAUGAAUAAUUAUCUGAUUCUAUUAUAAGUAGUUUGUUUCAACUUAAUGCAAAAACACUUUAAAGUUAAGAUACAAGAAAAGCAGGAUAUGAGAUAGUCUAAAAACUAUUUGCUAAUUAAAAAUUGAUGAAUAUAUUUGAGUAAUAUUUUUAAUGUGCUUUUUGGAGAACAAGUUCAAAUACUAAUUGGAAUAUAGUUUAAACAUAAUAGAGUAAGAGUUAAACUGGUUUUGUUGGAUUACGUAAUCUUGGAUGUAUUUGUUAUAUGAAUUCAUUAAUGUAAUAAUUAUUUACCUUACCAAAUUUCAGAGAAAGUGUUCUAUCCCUAACUCUUGAAUAAGGAUAAUAAACAAUCUCAUAUUAAUUUUAACUUUUAUUAUCUGCAUUAAAGAAUUCUUAAAAAUAAUUUUAUGAUCCUUCCAAUUUCUGUAGUGUACUUGGUCCAAAUUAUAAGCCAAUUAAUUUUUAUGAAUAAAUGGAUGUCGAUGAAUUCUUUUUAUAACUUAUGGAUAAAUUAGAACUUGAACUUAAACCAUUAAAAAGAGAUGUUAUUAUACCUAAAAGUUUUGGAGGAUUUAUGAGUACAGAAUUCAUUAGUAAAGGAUGUUAGCAUUAAUCAUCAAGAGAAGAAUUAUUUUUAGCAUUAUCUUUACAAGUAAAAAAUAAAAAGAAUAUAUAUGAAUCAAUGAAAAUGAUGACUGAUGGAGAAAUGCUUGAAGGUGAUAAUGCUUAUAUGUGUGAGAAAUGUGAAAAAAAAGUACCAGCUUUAAUGAGAGUGUGUAUAAAAUAAUUACCAAAUGUAUUAAUAAUGGUAUUAAAAAGAUUUGAAUUUAAUUAUGAAACUUAAUAGAAAUUUAAAUUAAAUGAUUAUUAUGAAUUUCCAACUCAAUUAAAUAUGAAAUAAUUCACGAAAGAAUACUUAUAAAAAUAAGAUAAUUAAGAUACAGAAGAAGGUGAUAGACCAAUAGUAACAGAAUAUUCAGAUGAAUAUUAUGAUUAUCAUUUGAGAGGUGUAAUUAUACAUGUUGGUACUGCUGAUCAUGGACAUUAUUAUUCAUUAAUUAAGGAUAAUUAAAAUAAUAAAUGGUAUGAAUUUAAUGACAUUCUUGUAAAACCUUUUGAAUUUGGAGAUUUGGCAACUGAAGCAUUUGGUAAUGAUGAUAAAGGAAGAAGUAAUUAAUUAUUAAGUAGAUCAAAAAAUGCGUACAUGUUAUUUUAUGAAAGAAAAACAUAUUUUGAUGAAAAUGGAAAAGCACUUAAAAGCGAUUAAGAAUUAAGAUGGUUUUUCAAUAAUCAAAAAAGUGAAAAAUAAAAUGAUGAAAUCUUGAUUGACAAUAUUAAAUUUUAAAUUAGUUAGAUUAUGUUUGAUGAAGGUUUUUUUGAAUUUAGUUGUGCUUUAUUGAAUGAAGGUUCUUAAAUUCAUAUAGGUAGAUUCUGUUUAUAAUAUUUCCUUACUGUUGUUAUACGUUUUUAAGAGAGAGCAUAAUUUGUACCUAAAUAUUUAGAGAAAUUAAAACAAAUUACUAGAAGUUCAAUAUAAUUAGCAAAUGAAUUCUUAAUUUCAAUUUAAAAUAGUGACGUACUAAAUGAAUUAAUACUUUAAAAUCCAAUACAAGAUAUGAGGGUUAUUAUAGGUGGAUUAAUUAAUGAUGCCAUAAAAUGUCUAAUUGAAAAUGAAAAGUACUAAUCAUAUAAAGAAUUCAAAUCAAAAAGUAAUUUAAUUCAACUUACAUAAUCUAUGAUUCAUUAUAUUUAAGUAAGGAAAAACAGUGAACAAAUUUAAAGAAUAAUCUAUUAAUUAUCUUUAUAUGAUUUUAGUAAAACAUAUUUAAGAGAAUUAAAAGGUGUUGGAAGAAUCUUCCUUUACUUUUUAGAUGAACCAGCAGUAGGAGCUGGUUAUAUAGAUAUAUUAGAACCAAAAAUUGAAUAAAAAUUACUUAAAAUAAAUAAAUAAUAUAUAAGAAGUGAAUAAAUAUUUUAAAGUCCAUAACUUAUGUAAUAAUAAGAGAAUCUUAAAUUUGAUAAUCUAUUUGUUGAUUAUACUUUUUUAAUGAUGGCACUUAAUUAAUUAAUUUAUUAAGAAGAUGAUGAAUUAUGUAUGUUAGAUGAUCCUUUACUAUUAAAAAGACUCUUAAGCAUCACAUUUACAAGAUAAGCAAGAUUAGCAUUAAAAGAAGUUAUAUAAAAAUAUAUAAGACUUAAUAAUAACCCUUGGGAUCAAAGUUUAGCUAUAGUUGUGAGUAUCUAUGAACAUAUGAAAGAAUGCGAUGAAAAAGAUUUAAAGACAGCUUUGAUAGUUCUAAGAGGAAUUGGAGAAAUUGAUGAUGCAUAUUCUGAAUAAAGAGUAUUAUAUAAAUUAAACUUAGUUAACUUUGAUAGCUGAAGCAUAUAUUUCUGCUUUAAAAGACAAUUUAGGAUAUUGGUAUUACACUUCGAUUAUGUUUGAUUACAUCAUCAAGGUAUUAUUUAUUAAUAAUAAAUAUUAAGAUAAGUACUAAAUUGAAUUUUCAAAAGGCCUUUGUUGAUGUAUUAAAUCGGAAUAAAGGGGUUUUGAAAUUAAUGUAUCAAUGGUUAAAAGAAUCUUAGAAUCCUUUAUAGAAUUUCACAUAAUAAAGAGUAUCAUAAUUAAUUAUAUUAAUAGUGGAAAGUUUUUAAAAAGAGAUAAACAAAUGUAUUAGCUUAAGACAUUACUGAUAAAUUAAAUAAAUUAUAAAUUCUAUCUUAAAAACGAAUAGAAUCUCUAGAUAAAAUAAUGAAUUAAUAAGUUGUGAAUAGUAGUGGUUAUGAUUCUGAUACAAUUCCUAAAUAUGAUUAAUAGGUUGAUGUAAUAAUACCUGCAAGAACAUACAUUAAUAAUUUCGAGAAUUGUGGUUAUUAAACAUUGACAAUAGGAAUCAAUUUAGGAGACAUGAUGGAAUUACGAUAGAAUAAUAUAAUUAAAUGGGUAUUUAAUACAGAUUCUUCACUUGCUCCACCAAACACUUAGACAGCAAAAUAUGAAAAUCAUGUUUCCUUUAUGAAAUGA